CGUCCACUCACUGAGGCAAAGGUCUUUAAAUAAGCGAUUCCUGAGACGUGUUUAGAAAAUGUUCAAAACAUGAAUCCCAACUAAUCGUUCGUAAUUAAGCACAAUUAAUUCCUUCCAUUUCGUUGUACCUCUGUGUUACAAUGACAAUAAAGAUCGUGAUUAAUUUAGAUUAAUCAACAUCCCCAAAUAUGACAAAAAGUUUUCUCCAUGUUGCCGGUGAAGACAGACAAAUGACAACAGGCUGAUAUAUGUGAUUAACAUCUGUAUUUAUGACUAAUCGAAAUAAUGACAGCAUAUGGUGAAUUGUAAAGAAAAAGAAUGAGAGAGACGGAGAGAGAGAGAGUGAGGAGUGUUUAUUUAUAUCGCGGUGAAACUGACUCUUUCAAGAUGGCAGACACACCGGCGUAUCUCCGUAUGUGACGGCCAUAUUUGUUGUUCGUCAUUCUGUUCUGUGGGUCGCUGUAUGUGACGCAAUUUGACAAUAUCCGGGAAACAAAUGCGGUCCUGUUCGAGUGCAGCCCAUGAGUCGGAAAACGGUAAGUGUUUGUAAUGAGUGGCCGAGGAGGAUGCGACCUGAACCGAGGAGGUGAGACUGUGCUCCGCGGCUCAAAGACUCCGAGCUGCCGCUGUGUGACAGCCAGAGCCCUGGUAAGACACCGAGGAGAGAUCGGGGAGAGGCAGGGAGGGAGUGAAGCAGGAGCUGCAGGAGCAGCCAGCUGCUAACGCGUGAGCAUCAGAAAGAAAGGGGGAGAAGGCUAACCUGUUGGGGAAUGUCGGGUACUAAGGUGGUGGGCGGGGCUUCAGGUGGAGGUAGCAGCGGGGGCGGGGCCAGACGUAGGAGGACACGGUGUCGUCGCUGUCAGGCGUGCAAGAGAACGGAGUGUGGAGACUGCAACUUCUGUAAGGACAUGAAGAAGUUUGGAGGGCCAGGCCGGAUGAAACAGUCCUGUCUACUCAGACAGUGCACCGCUCCCGUGCUCCCCCAUACCGCCGUGUGUCUGACCUGUGGUGAGGCUGGGAAGGAGGACACUGUAGAGACAGAGGAGGAGAAGUUUAGCCUCAGUCUGAUGGAGUGUACCAUCUGCAACGAGAUCAUCCAUCCCAGCUGCCUGAAGAUGAGCAGAAGUGAGGGAAUCAUCAAUCAGGAGAUCCCAAAUUGUUGGGAAUGUCCCAAGUGUCACAAGGAGGGAAAGACCAGUAAGGACCAGAUGGACAACUCUGGGAAGCGACGACUAGAUAACGGAGAAGUGGUCCACUGGAAGCUCACUGAUGACCCACCUCCUAAAAAAAAGGCCCCUCCUUCUGUAGAGGAAGAAGGAAAAAUUGAUACGGUUCAUAAGAGGAAAAAGGACACGCCCCAGGACGGUGGUGCCAAGAAGAGGAUGAAAGUGUCGCAGGAGAAACGGCAGAAAAAGAAACCAAAACAAGAAGGGGUGGAGUCAAACGGAACGACGUCAUCAUCAUCGGUCUCUGGACAGCUUGGCUCCUCCUCCUCUGCUGGGGGAGUUGGCGGAGCCUUGGACCAACACUGGCAUCAUCGGGAGAAACUGGAGCGUUUUCGGAGGAUGUGUCUCCUCGAGCGCAGGCCUUCCUCCUCCUCCUCUUCCUCUUCUUCGUCGUCCAGCUCUGACUCUGACUCCGAUGACUCCCUGAAGCAACGUGAAGAGGAGGAGAAGAACCUAGAGGAGGGGGUCGGGCGUCCGGCCAUUAUGAGUGGUAGACAAGUGGAGAGAGAGAGAGAACGGGAGCGAGAGAGACGAUUGGCUGAACUGGGAUUCAGUGCCAGUGAGGACUCCGAUGGAGAAAGUGGGAGCAGGGGGGAGGAGCAGGUGGAGGAGCCACAGCCAUGGGGCAAUAAAGACACUUCUACCACGAAUCGGAGUAGGAAAAACUCUUUCCUCCACCCCCCCUCUCCUCUUUCCUCCAAUCAGGCGCCUCUGUCCGCCCAGCAGCGGUGCAAUGGGGCGGAGACGCGGAAUGGAUGGAUGCGGGGUGAGAAGGAGAAUGCCAGCACUCCUGUCACCAACCACAAACACAGUGGAGGCAGAGGGGGUGGAGCCAAGGGUGGAGGGAGUCGCAACAAUAAGAUUAAGAACAACCAGAACCAGACGGGCUUCAGGACCAGAACUCCCCCCUCUAAUGGAACGGGUGGGGGAGGAGGAGAAGACAAGAUGGGGGCAGCGGCGGCACACCCUUGCCUCCCUUCUCGCUCUCAGCUGAUGAAGCGCAGCCCAUCAGCUGUGCCUUCACCAUCACCACCACCUCGACCUGUUCAGAUGGAAAGACACCUGGUGCCUCCUCCUCCCACCUGCCCUGAGCCCAGCAGUUUGCCCCUUGAAGGAGGCUCCGCCCACAUCCUGAAGCGGGAGGCAUGGCUUCACGUCUUCUCUUUCCUCAGCCAACCAGAGUUGUGCAUCUGCAUGAGGGUGUGUCGCACCUGGAGCCGCUGGUGUUGUGACAGACGACUGUGGACCGGAAUGGACCUGAGUGGGCAGCGCUGCAUCACCCCCCCCAUCCUGAGUGGGAUCAUCCGACGGCAACCAGUGUCUUUGAACCUGGGCUUCACAAAUAUCUCCAAGAAACAGCUAAUGUGGCUGCUCAGCCGCCUACAGGGUCUGUUGGAGCUGAACGUCUCUGGUUGUCCGUGGAACGUCGUCUCCGGCCUCUGUCAGGUUCAGUGUCCCUGUCUCCAGAGGUUGGACCUAAGCAAGGUGGAAGACUUGAAGGACACUCAGCUGAAGGAGCUCCUGGCCACGCCCCAUUUGGCUCAGGGCGCCAGUGGAGUGCCGACUGGUAGGUUCCAGAAGCUGCUGGAGCUGGGAUUGGCUGGUACGGAGCUGACGGACGCUUCGGCACGUCUUCUGAUUGGUCACGUUCCUGCUCUGAAGAGGUUGGACCUGAGUCACUGUGGGAACAUCAGCGACCAGAUGCUCCUCACCCUCACGUCUCCCACCUCCCCCCUCCGAGAACGCCUCACCCACAUUAGCUUGGCAGGUUGUGUUAAAGUGACAGACCUGAGUGUGGAGCUACUGCGACGCUGCCCCUCACUGCAGAAGGUGGACCUGCGCUGCUGCUCACUACUGUCCCCAGAGGGGGGACAGCUGCUUUCCUUCCCAACUCACUCCACCACCUCCUCAUGUCCUCCCGAGGACAGAACGCUGCUAAAGAACAGCUAAACUCCUUCUCCAACACAAGCCCACCAUUAACUAUGUUACACUAACGUGAUGUAGAGCGACACGGUCAUGCAGAGCUGAGCGUGGACAGUAUUGCCCCCUGACUGUAAAUAUCUAUAGGUUACUGGAAAAGACCUUAAUUGUGACUCCUUUAUUGAUUUGUCCUUCAUUUGUCUUUAGCUGCUUCACCCCUUGCCAAUUUAACAUGCUAACGUUUUUCUCUCAGCUUCCAGCCGUGGUACAAAGCAAUUCAUAGCAAAGAUUCAAUGCGUUUAGCUAAGGUUAGCUUAGCGACCAAACUUAGUUCACCUGAGAUUAGUUUAGCCAACUAUAGCGAAGGCUAACCUGAUCCAGUUGCUCAAUUCAUCUCAUCUAAAGACACGUCAAGCUAAUUUAAAAUCAGAUAGGCAACAUAGUGUGGGUUCAAAUAAUUUAAUACGAUAUUGGCCAAACCAGAUAGAAUAGGCUGAGAACAUCUCAAAUGAUCUAAUAUAAGAUAGAAUAUGUUAGAAGGUUAAGGUGGACUAAAAUAAAGUAAACCAUAGCUAUAGUAAACCAAUCAGAUGUUGGCUAGGAUAAAUAAACAAAGCCAGAAUAAUGCAAGUUAAAAUAUGAUCAACUAAUAUUAACAAAUCCAGAAACAGCUACGAUCGUUGAACCAGGCGAAGUACAUCUUAACUAAGUUAGAUUGACCGAAGGCUAACUAGUCUGCUUGGCUGUUUAAAUCAGGCUAAGCUAAUCCUGGCUAAACUAUGUUAGGUUAAGCUUCAUGUUGUCUUUGCUCGUGUUCCCCUCCCCGGGUGGGGGCUAUGGCUGUUUAAGGGGGGGGGGCUUAUUCCUUACAUACACCUGGCGUACACCUGAGUAAUGACCAUGCGACCUAUGUCACAAACUUUGUUUUCAGUGUUAGCCCCCUCCCACCAUUCAUCAUCCAUCUGCCAACACUAAUUAUGGUCUAGACACGUUUGUUUUUUUAAUUUUCCUUAUUCCUCAGGACUUUUCAUUUUUUAUUUUUUGUCUGUUUAUUGUUUUUUUUUGGGUAUUUAUUAUUUUUGAUCCUGGUGGGAUGCCUGACAUUCCUGUGUGUGUGCGUGCGUGUGGGGUGGGGCAUCCCGGGCAGCAGUUAAAGUGAACUUUCUACUGAUGAAAAGUGUGUAGAUAUGUCGUGGGUGAACAUGAAACUGGCCGAUGGUAUGUAGGCGGAGUCUAAGUCCUGCCGUGGUGACCACGCCCACCACUCGUAAUUAUGUUGAUGCCAUGUUUUUUUUUAAAUUUUAGAUAUUUUCUAGGUGUUAUUUUUUUAAUGCCAUCUUGUGCCAUAUGAUGAUAAUGAAAUGAUCUCUUUCUCUCCCUCUCCUAUUUGUGAUUCACUGUUUAAAUUUUAUUUUUUUACGGUUUUUUCAUGAUUUUAUUUUUUAACUGUUUUUGUCGUUUUACACUUGACCUAGCAAAAAGUGGAAUCACACCUGAUUGGCCUCUUGCUGAGGUCCAAUCAGAUGUCUUGACAUAUCUUAGUAAAAGUGUGUGCACUGGAUCAUCGCUCUCUGUUUCUCGUCUCCAUGGAAACGAGGGAGGAAGAUGUUAGAACAAAGGAAAAAAAACAAGGCAGCUAUAAACAAAAACUAUCAUAACUGAUGGAAUAAAAGAGCAAUGUUUGUUUUCA